CCCGCCUCCCCCCAUGGAGAACAUAUAGUAUUUUUUCCAAGAAAAUGUACUUCCUACUGUUAUUUUGAAAUUUCUACAUUGUUAAAAUAAUCUUUUUUAUGACGACAUUGCAAACAAGGCGUUAUUAUUGAUGUGUCUAAUCUGACGGAAAACGUUAUAGAAAUACACUUGUUGAACUACCUAUAGGAGACUGUGAUUGAAGAUCAGUGGUUUAUCUUUAAACAGUUUAACUUUGAUGUUUGGCGCAUAACAAUAAGUGCAAUAAAGAAAAGUUUGCUGUUCACAUGAAGAACAUUGGAGAACUUAGAUAAAUUUUUGCGUGACUACUAGAAGAGAUCUAGCUUUCCCGGUUCCAGCAGUUAUGGAGAUCUUGGAAGAAGGGAAUUGUUCUAUGAAUAAUGGCGAUUAUGAAACGGCUAUUGAACAUUACAAUAGUUGUGUAGAAGUUGCAGACGAGAAAAGCAUCAAAAUGAUGGCUUAUUUUUGUCUUGGUAAUGCUUACACGCUCUCUGAUAAAGGGGAGGAAGCAAUAAGCUGCUUUAAUGAUUGUUUGAAUCUUUCUUCUCAACUGGAAAUUAAAUAUUUUCAACAUCAAAUAUACUUUGGGUUGGGGAGUAUCCAUUCUACCACUAAAAGAUUGGAGGACAGUAUAAAGAAAGAAGAAAUGGUCUGUCUCUGUCAUGUUGCAUUGGGAGGAUUGAAUAAGUUACUUGAAAAUUAUGAAAAAUCCUUGGAGCAUUAUAGGAAAGGAUUCUCUCUGAUUGAAAGUCAAGAGCUAGAAGACGAAAUGCUACGUUUACAACUGGAAGACAGUGAACAAAAACAUUAUCAAAUGCAGCGACAAAAAAAGGUCAGAAAAGGUGGUAUUAACGUUAGUAAAGAUUUUGUCAACUGUAACAUGAAGAACUUGUCAAUUGUUACUUCAGCUGGAAUUGUGAAUGGAGUGUUAGCUGUUUAUUGGGAAUUAGCUGAACUGUUUGAUAAACUUGAAGAACUGAGGGAUGCAAUAGAUGUUUAUGAAAUGUAUCUUCAUAUCGUCAACAAUGAUAAAGAUAUAGCAAAACAAAAGAACGCUAUGGAACGUCUGAUACGAUUAUAUGAGGAGGAAGGACGUGAUUUGCAAAGGGAUUCGAUGAAAGAGAAGUUACAUGAAGUUGACAAAAUUAUAGAAUUGCAACUUCAAGAAUGGAAAUAUAAUGAUCCAUCGAUAAAACACCAAGAAUUAUUUUUAAAAAUGAUUGAGUAUGGGCGAGAUCCUAAUGUAAAAGUUUCACUUUUAAAUGAUGUUCGAGUAAUUUUCUCAGAUGAAUUUUGCAUUGGCAAAGGAAGUGAUGGAACCCGUGUUUAUCUUGGACUGGGAAACAAUGGUUAUGGAAAAGCAGUAAAGCGAAUACACAAAGAUAACGGCAAAGACUUUGCAAAUCGAGAAAAAGAAAUUUUGAAUGUGUUGAAUGCAAAGCGAUCAAAUUAUGUUGUGAAUUUUUGCCAUUUAGAAGAGAACCUUGACAAAGAGUAUUUGUACGUGGUUUUGGAUUUGUGUGAAGAAUCGUUAGAGAGUUAUGUGAAAUCUUCUUCUUUGCAAGAUCUUCAAAAAGUCGUUCCUAAAGUUCUUAUUCAGAUCUUAAAUGGUCUAGUUCACCUUCACAGCGGUGAGCGUCCUAUUCUUCAUCGGGAUUUGAGACCCUCGAACGUUCUUCGAGAUGUACAAGGAAAUUUUUUAAUCGCUGACUUUGGUAUAAGUCAUAUGUUAUCUGAUGAAACUUCGACACAUCUGAGCAUACAAAGAGGAGCUAAAAAUUGGAUAGCUCCAGAGUCAUAUGACGUAUCAGAUGCAUCAAUUAAUAAAGUUCGUUACAAAAAAGAGUCUGACAUUAUGAAUGCCGGAAUGGUGGCUUAUUAUGUUGCAACAAAGGGAAAACAUCCUUUUGGACAUGAACGACAUAGACUGGACAACAUUUUGAAUGGAAACCAAGUUGGAUUGGACGAAAUCAAGGAUGCCACGUUCAAAGACCUUUUAUCGUGGAUGCUACAGUUAAUACCUGAAGACAGGCCAUCUGCCGAUAAGGCGUUAAAGCACCCUUAUCUACAAUCAGAUGAAGAAAAAUUUAACAUGCUGUGUGAUAUGGGGAACCAACUGGAGGUGAAAUAUUCACAAGGUCAAAAUUCUCCCCCUUCAGACGAUCAGUUGUAUGGUUUCACAACAUGGAUGAAGCGUAUCGAUGAUGAAGUCGUCAAAGAUUUGAUCAACUUUGAAGUGAACGACAGUAUAAGAACUCUAAACUACGAGUCUACGUGGGCAGGAUGCUUAAGAUUUAUACGAAACGUUGACCAACAUUGCCAAAAUAAGCCUCGUCCGCAUCUAUCACAAUAUAUGAAGCAAGGCAAUUAUAAAAAGUAUUUCUUGCAAUGUUUUCCUGAACUUCCUCUUCUGGUGCACAAAAUCAUAAGGACAACUGACUGGAAAACAAGACCUGAUCUCAAGAAAUAUUUUACGAAUACCAAGUUGGUUGAACAACUUGAAGAAAUCAAUGGAAAGAAAAGUGAAGAUAUAAAUGGCGAUAUGGAUCUUGACGUAGAAAUUGAAAGAGUAAAUGGAAGGAAAAACAAAGAAAACCCAAGCCAUGACGUAUUUUUGAAAGAUGGAUUGGAUAUGGAAGAGAACGAAGAUGUUGCUCAAAGUCAAAAGCUGGACUCUUUCCUUAAAUCAUUAAUACAAAGCGGAAGGUGGAAGGUUGGUGACAUGUAUAGGUUUCGUCGUUCUUUGGUGUUGGGAAGCGCUAAAGGGACUUUAUACAUUUGCAAAAGAAUGUUAGGCUCAGAAAAUGAGCAAGUCGUUUUGAAUCUUUUAAAAGCAGGAAGGGGUGUUGAAGUUGUCAAUGAAAUAGAGAAGUAUAGCAUUGAAGGACGAACAGUAAGACAGCAGGCCAUCGUGUUUUUUCUUGCUGUUUGUGCCCGGAAGGGAGAUCUUGCCACAAAAAGACAAGCAUACGAUGCUUUGCCCAAGAUCUGUCGAAUUCCGACUCUUUUGUUUAUGUUUAUUGAGUUCUGCAAGUUGUUCAGUCAGCCUGGCAAAGGUUGGGGUCGUGCCCAUAGGAAUGCCAUAAAACGAUGGUACAAAGAAAAAGAUCCAUGUAAACUGGCGAUGGAUAUCACCAAAUAUCAAAGGCGUGAAGGAUGGUCACAUAGGGAUGUUGCAAGGUUAAUGCAUCUCAAGCCAGAAGGAACUGAUGUUUCUGAUGAGUUGUUUGUUAUAAUGAAGUAUGUUGUUUGUGGUUGGCAGAGGCUUUUUGAAUAUUUCUUUCCUGAAGAUAAUACAGCUCCACAUCGUCCUAUUGGAGAGAAGGGCAGUGCAAUGUUGGUGUUUUUUAAAGCAGUUGAAGAAGUAAAAACAGCGCAAGAGGAGGCAAGAGUGGUUGAACUGAUAAAUCAACAUAAUCUUGUUAGAGAACAUAUUCCAACACAUUGGCUUAAUUCUAAAGAGGUUUGGAGGGCUCUUGUUCAAAAAAUGCCAAUGACUGCAAUGCUUCGAAAUCUUGGCAAAAUGACAAUAGUUGAACUACUAGACGAGCAGAUGGCAUUGUCCUGUAUAUGUGAGAAGUUACUCAAUCAAGAUCUGUUAAAGAGAGCUCGUAUUCAUCCAUUUAAUGUUUUGGUUGCUCUAAAAAUCUACGUGGAUGGUCAUGGUGAUAGGGGGAAACUGACAUGGAACCCAAAUGAAGCUAUUGUUAAUGCAUUGAAAGAAGCUUUUUACUUAUCAUUUAAGUUGAUUCAGCCAACAAACAAGAGAUACAUGUUGGCAUUGGAUGUCAGUGCUUCCAUGUCUUAUUCUGGUUUUGCUGGUACGCCAUGUUUAACGCCAUGUGUGGCUGCUGCAGUCAUGUCCAUGGUUACAGCUCGGACCGAAAGCAAACAUCUGUUUGUUGCUUUCUCUUAUAAAAUAGUUCCAUUAAUGAUCAGCAGUGACAUGACAUUAGAUGAGGUUGUAGAACUUAUGAAAUUGAUACCAAAUGGUGGGACAGAUUGUGCUCAACCAAUGUUGUAUGCAAUUGAGAACAAUCUAGAGGUGGAUGUUUUUAUUGUUUAUACUGACAGUGAAACAAAAGCUGGGUUCAUCCAUCCAAGCGAGGCCUUGAAAAGGUAUCGUCAGUAUUCUGGUAUUCAAGCCAAACUCAUAGUUGUUGCUAUGACUUCAAAUGGUUUUACAAUUGCUGACCCAGAAGAUAUUGGAAUGCUGGAUAUUGUUGGCUUUGACUCAGCUGCACCACAAAUGAUAAGAGAGUUUAUCUCGAGCUAAUAGAACAGCAAAUGAUUUCUUCAGAGAUAUUUUUGUGGAAAUGUACAAUGAAUACAAUCUUACAAUGUCUGAACAAUUUUGCUUGUCCUACAGAAUACAUGAAAUGUUUUAUCUAUUUAAUGGUGUUUGAUACAUAAGUAAUAUGCAAUGUGACAUUGCUUCAUGUGAACAUACAGUGAAUUAUAGUUGUGCUGUUGAAAAGUGCACCAGAUCAAAGACUUCAACAUUUUAUAGUAUGGUUUAGUUAAGUGCUUCACUUAUAUUGAUAAUGGCGCAUCGAUAUCGACGUAUAGGUUCUAAAAUAGAAUUAUUAGUAUCGGUAUUUUUCUUGCGCACAAUACCGAUAUUUAGACAUUUGAUUGAAAAAGAAAUACAAUCAAAAUGAAUCACAGUUUAACAAUACUAAAUAUAUUACCUUUAACAAUUUUUGU